GCUGCUGCUGCGGGUGGAGUGUGGGUAGGUAGAAAUGAAUUGGGAUUUAGCACCGCGUUGCUAAAAGAGGCUAGCAGCUGAAUAUGGCAGUUCGGUUCCUUUGGAAGACAGUGGCCAUGGUGGAGAGGCACAGGACUGGUUUCCUGGCAGUUUCCUGUGCUGGACUCUUUGGUGCUAACCUGACUUUUCACAUCUUUCCUGAGGAGACAUUCAGACCAUUGUAUCAGGCUUGGGCCAAGGGGAAACCAAUGGAGCUCUCAGAAAAAUUACAGAUCCUUUUCCGUGACAUCAUCAGCGACAUCAGAGUAAAAUCAGCAAAUCGUUACCAAGCCUUUGUGGCCUACAGCUUCCACCCGGUGAGCGCUGGGCUUCCAUGGCUGCCCGCAGGCUGUGUCGUGGGCAUUCCUGCCCAUUUCAGUGGUGCAGCCAGCGAUAAUGAUAGGACUGCCAGCCACGUUGUCAUGAUUGAAGGCAAAGAAGUGGACUGGGACAGCACAGAAGGCCUGGCCUUGAAGGAGGCCCUGACCCUUUCUCCGGAGGCUCAGAAGUUUGCCAUUGCAAGAGAGCUCAUGUACUUGCAAAGCAACGGACCCUCCGUAUGUGCUGCUGUUGCCCCCGUUUGUUUAGCUGGCACUUGGAUUUCUGGGGUAGCCAUAAAGCAGCUCCUGGGCUUGUAUUCGGGUCCAGUGCUCUUACGAGGCCUUUACAACGUGGCUGUAAUGGCGAUUGGAUUUGUGGGCUAUUGUCUCUCGUACGAUGCUGUGAGUCAGGCGAUGGAUUACAGGACAGACAGAAAUACAGCCACCGUUUCCACCAGCUUUGCUAGAGGUGGAGUGGAGUUCUAUAAUAAAAUUCUGUCCCAGAACAAGAUUUUCCGCAUGCUCAUGGGCAAGCGAGGAGAGCGGAUAUAUGCCCCAAGUGGCAAUCUUUUCCCAAGAUACUGGUUCAGAUUAAAACAUGCAUCAUAUACUUCCAGAAGAGACUUGAUUAUCAAUAUUUUAAGCAUGCCCCAGGCAUAGGAGUAGAGGCACGAUUGAAUUUUAAGCUUGUAGAUUAUGUAUUCUCUUUGGAACACAGCAGCCUGGUUUUGCUUUUCAUAUGAUUUCAUUAGCAUUUCCAUUAUU